AUGGGAAAUUAAAAAAAAUUCCUAUAAAAACUUUUUAAUAUUCUUGAAGUACUUGUUAUUAUAAUUUUAGUCAAAAUAACAUGAAGAUUGUAUAUUAUGGAGUUAAGAUGGGAAUUCAAUUGUAAUUAUUUGUGCAGAAUUAUUUGAGGAAAAGGUAAUGCCUUCAUAUUUCAAUUCUACAAAAAUUUCAACAUUUUAUAGGUAAUUGAGUCAGUAUGGAUUUAAAGUAAAAUAAAAUGAGAAAAGAUAAAAGUAAUUUUAUCAUUCUAAUUUUUAAUAAGGAAAUUUGUAUUUUUAUAAAAUUUAUUCUUAUAGUGACAAAGUUUUAAAUAUAGAAAGAAGAAAGAAGAUACAAUAACAUAUAGAUCAUAAUUGUAGUAUAAGUGAAGAGAAUAAAAAAAUUAAUAAUGAAUUAAAGGUUCUACAAAAGUAGUAAUUAGCUAUUUAAGCUUAACUAAAUAUCCAUACUUAGAUAUAUUUAAUGUUUUGCAAAUAGAUGAAAAAUGUCUAUGAUGUAUUUAAUAGAUAUAUAUUAGUAUAUUAAAUAAGAUGAAGAUGGUGAGGAAUGCAUGGUAUUUUUUGAGGCAAUUAUCUCUGUAUUUAAAGGAUUUAAUCAUGAUAUUGCCUCAAAUAUCUUUGAAGAACUUCAACAUAUAGGAGGUCCAUAAAGUCCUUAAUUAUCGCCACUUCUCUUUCCUUAUCUAAAAUUUAAUUGA